ACGGCUCUGCCUUCUGUUUUGGACCAUUUCUCCGUACCCGCUGAACCUACGUUUGGUGGAGCUCCGAUUUCUAUUAGACCUCCCACGGAUCCUCUUGAAAAGCUUCUCGUGAAGCCCAAUAUUUCUAACAUGCUUAUGGCUCUACAUUCAAUCCUGUCUUCUGCCAAGUCAGACGAGACUGCAUCUAUAGAGCUUGCAGAGCUAGUUGGCUUCGAGGAGAUCGAGCUGGUCUCCGACAUCAUUGCCCAGCGCCAAAUGGCUGCGUCUAAGCUGGAAGCGCUUCUUACGAACCCAACACCCGUGACACGUACGCCGGAGGCAAGCCAGUCUGCACCACCGAGUGUACACGGGAGAAAGAAGGGAAAGAAGGGCUAUGGAUCGAGACCGGAUACGCCAACCAUUGAUUUGGACCCUGUAGCGGCGCAGCGUCGUAUUGACGAGACACUUCGUGCUAAUGCUGCUCGACCGCUGUUCACGGGGAUGGCGUAUCAUAUGGAGCAGGAAGUUCUUCCUCAUGUGUACACUUCUUCCUCGUUCCGCCAAAAUAAUAUCUUGUCCGACGCUGGCGCAAAGUAUCUGCUUCCUGUUGACACAGAACGACAUAUGUACGAGGAAUAUGAGGAAGUGAUAAUCCCUCCCGCGCGUCCUAUCCCCCCUAGAGUGAAUGAAAGGUUAAUAUCUGUGUCGGAACUUGACGAUCUCUGCAAGGGUUCGUUCCCGGGCUACUCGUCCUUGAAUAGGAUCCAAUCGAUCGUUUAUCCGACUGCAUAUAGCACGAAUGAAAAUAUGCUCAUUUGUGCACCCACUGGUGCUGGCAAAACGGACGUUGCUAUGCUCUCGGUCCUACGCGUUCUUAAUGAAUUCAGGUCUGGGAAAAGCGAGAAAACAGCCCUUGCAGCUCAGAUCCGAAGGGAUGACUUCAAGAUAAUUUACGUCGCACCCAUGAAGGCAUUGGCUUCAGAGAUCGUUCGCAAGCUUGGAAGACGGUUAAAGUGGCUGUCCAUUAAAGUUAGAGAAUUGACGGGUGAUAUGCAGAUGACCAAGGCAGAGAUUGCCGAAACACAGAUCAUCGUCACGACACCGGAGAAAUGGGAUGUCGUGACAAGAAAACCAACUGGCGAAGGAGAACUUGCGACUAAAGUGAAACUUCUCAUUAUCGACGAAGUCCAUUUACUGAAUGAUGAGCGAGGCUCCGUUAUCGAGACAAUUGUCGCUCGUACAUUACGCCAGGUGGAAUCUACGCAAUCCAUGAUUCGUAUCGUCGGGUUGAGCGCAACCUUGCCAAAUUUUGUUGAUGUUGCCGAUUUCUUGCGUGUCUCUCGGCAAGCAGGGUUAUUCUACUUCGACUCAUCCUUCCGCCCUAUACCACUUGAGCAACACUUCCUUGGCUUGCGUGGAAAACCUGGCACCGCCCAAGCACGGAAAAUUCUCGACAAUGUCACAUACGAAAAGGUGACGAAGCUUGUUGAAGAGGGGCAUCAAGUGAUGGUGUUUGUACAUGCACGAAAGGAGACGGUGAAAAGUGCCUUUGCCUUGAGGGAUGCGGCGCAUCUGGGGGGAACACUUGACAAUUUCAGUUGUCAGGAACAUGCCAAAUGGGAUCUGUUCCGCCGUGAAAUUGGAGAGUCGAGGAAUAAAGAAAUGCGAGAACUCUUCGACUUAGGCUUUGGCAUACAUCAUGCAGGGAUGCUACGCUCAGACAGAAACUUGAUGGAAAGGUUAUUCGAAGCCCGAGCAAUUAAAGUACUUUGCUGCACCGCGACUCUUGCUUGGGGUGUCAACUUACCUGCGCAUGCUGUCAUCAUCAAGGGCACCGAGGUCUACGACUCGAAUCAGGGCAAGUUCGUAAACUUGUCAGUACUCGAUGUUCUUCAAAUUUUUGGGAGAGCCGGACGUCCAGGGAUGGAAACAAGUGGAGAGGGAUUCAUUUGUACAGGAAUUGACAAACUAGAUCAUUAUCUUGACGCUGUCACUGCUCAGCAUCCCAUUGAAUCAAAAUUCGUGGAGGGCAUGUCAGAUUCGUUGAACGCGGAGAUCGCAUUGGGAACAGUCUCCAAUGUCGCGGAGGCUGUCCAAUGGAUAGGAUACACAUACCUCUUUGUCCGAUUGCGUAAAAAUCCGCGGUACCACGGUAUCACCUAUGAGGAAGUUAUUGAUGAUCCCCAGCUCGGGCGAAAGCGGCGUGAGCUAGUGCAACGUAAAGCAACACAGCUCGCCGAGGCUCGCAUGAUAGUAUUCGACAAAGAACGAGAGACAUUUGCGAGUACGGACCUCGGCCGGAUUGCGGCGAAGUACUAUAUUCGAGCACAGACCGUGGUCAUCUUCAACGAAACCUUCCGUCCGAAGAUGAGCGAGGCGGAUGUACUGUACAUGCUAUGUAAGAGCACAGAGUUCGAACAGAUUCAGCUACGAGAGAACGAAAUAAAGGAGCUGAAGUACUUUUUGGAAGACCAGAAUAUCGUGCCGUGUGAAGUAAAGGAUGGUACGAACUCUAGUCAAGGGAAAGUAAACAUCCUUUUGCAAGCGUACAUCUCUAGAGUCUAUCCCGAAGAUUUUGCGCUCGUGUCAGACAUGGCCUACGUCGCCCAGAAUGCAGGGCGCAUUAUCCGUGCUUUGUUAGAGAUCGGUAUCAGUCGAAAAUGGGCCAACGUCGGCUCUGUGCUUGUAUCCUUUAGCAAAGCUGUGGAGAAACGUAUCUGGCCCUUUGAUCAUCCAUUCAUGCAGUUAGGAGACUCGCUGAAAAGGGAACUUAUGGUCAACUUGCAACGCUUCGCAGAUGAUUAUACGCCCGGCGAAUUGGCACAGAUGACUGCACAGGAGCUUGGUGACCUGGUCCAUAUGAACACGACGCACGGCUCAGCACUACUCAGAGCUGCUAAGGAAUUCCCAACGCUUGAAUUAUCGUAUGAACUGCGACCUCUGACAUCCGAUCUCCUGCGGGUUUCUGUGCACGCGAAGCGUUUGUUUACAUGGGGCUCAAAACGCAAAGAUACGGUUGAGCCGUUUUGGAUUUGGAUAGAAGACCUGGAUGGUGGCAGCAUUUUGCAGCUCUCACACGUCAUUUUUCGACAGUCUACUGAACAGGUCGAUUGCGACUUCAUCGUGCAAACCACGGAUGCUAUGGCUGUUGAAGGUCUCACUAUCCGGUAUGUCUCCGACAGAUGGAUGGGCGCAGAGGAUGAGCUGCACGUGGAUAUGAGUUCACUUGUGAAGCCGAAGGCCUUUGAGUCUUUCACACAAAUCCUCGCCAUCCCGUUUCUGGAUUUGGAAAUACUCGGAAACGAAACGCUAAAAUCUGUUUUCGGCGCAAAAUUGCAAAAUUUGAACGGCGUGCAAACUCAUAGCUGUUGGAGCAUGCUGAGUACGAAUCAGAAUGCUUUAUUAUGCGCACCUCCUGGUUCAGGCAAGUCAUUACUGGCACAAACGCUCAUUGCGAAAACACUCCAGAAGGCAAAAGCAGGCUUGUGGGCUCUCGUCAUUUCGCCAAAACGGGGGAUUGCGACGGAUAUUGCAUCUGGAUUACGUCAAGUACUCGGACCCUUGGGUAUUCCAGUCGAAAUAAUCGGACAGGCAGCUUCAUUUUCACAUCAAAAUCGAAAAGUCGUUAGAGUAAUACACCCUCGUGUUAUAUUAGACAUGUUGGAACAUCCAAGCUUCGCAAACGCGUCCGAUUUCUUACGUCUCGUUCUCUGCGAAAAUCUUGAGCUCCUUGACGCGGAGUACGAGUUAGCGAUCUCACUAUUGCUUCAUGCAACGCAGAAUCGACCAACACGAUUCGUUGGACUUUCUACAUCCUUGACGGAUGCGUCUGAUUUGGCUGAUUGGCUUCGAGUGCCAUCGCUAUGCAUGUCCUGUUUUCGACCGAGCGAUCGAGAACAAGACUUACGGACGUCUAUCCAGACUUUCACGAUUCCUUACUCUGCAGCCUUGUUCAAAUCCAUGGCAAAGCCCGCGCAUUCAGCCAUCUCGUCCGGUGGUGGGGAGUUCGCUCUGGUUUUUGUUCCCUCACGGAGCCAAUGCAAGCCUGUGGCCAACGACCUCAUCACGCAAUGCGCCAUGGACCUUAAGAUGCAAGGUUAUCUUCCUGUAGACACGUCUCCCGAUGCACUUGAACCCUACCUUGCUCGGCUCCAGGACCAGACGCUUGCAGACUUGAUUACCCGCGGUAUUGGUAUUUUCCACGACGGCGUACACCGUUCCGACCGUGCCCUCAUGCUCGAGCUAUGCGCGGAAGGCAUUGUUCGCGUGCUCAUAGCCCCGAGAGACGCAUUAUGGUCCGUACCCAUGCGUGCUGGUGUCGUUGUUGUAAUGGGCACUCAGUACCUUCGCUUUGAUGGAGCAAGUCGAACGGAGGAUCCUUCCCGUCGCGACCGACAGAUUGCUGAAUACCCUCUUGCAGAGGUCGUGCAUAUGCAGGGCCGUGCAGCACGUCAUGCUCAGGCUGGUCACUUCCAUCUUCUCUGUCAGGCAGAGGGUCGCGAGACUCUCACGCGGUUCCAAGACGAGGGUAUCCCACUUGAAUCAACAUUACAUGAGUCGAGUGUUUUCAAGGAUUGGUUACAUGCUCGGUGGAAGUAUGGCCGCAUUUCAUCGGUGGACACGCAGCAAACACUGGACAUCCUAUCGUGGACGUAUCUUACAAGGCGGAUGGAAAGUAAUCCGAUGUACUACGACGCAGUACCAGGCGACCUAGACACUUCGUUAUCAAGACUAGUGGACCGACUUCACGGGGACACCUGA